GCAAGCAGCCAAAGAUGUCGAUUGGGACCGCAUCGAGAAGGACGAUGGAGCUACCGAGCUGCUUACACACGUGAGAGCGAAGCUCGGAGCUCAACGCAUCCAGGAUGCAGGAAAGUAUUUAGCCAGAUGGAUAUUUGAUCUACGACGGGACACUGGAGAACCGAUGCCAAGCUACACCAGCAGAGACGAUGAGGCCUAUCAUGACGUGGUCAAGGGGUUCGACACCGAAUAUUUCAAGAAGCAGCGCACAGACGCUGCGGAGAAGGCCAAGGAGCUGAACCACUCGCUCUGGGACUUCGUCAAGACGGGUCUUGAGAUCCCAGAGCAUCCCGACUUCGGGACGGAUUUCGAUCAGGCGAUCCCCCUAGACCAGCUGCGCGGAUGGCUACUGCUACAGCGAUCGAGACUGACACCGACGGAGCGGGCAGCGGUCAUCAGCGCAGUCAAGGGUAACUUCGACUACGACAGCAUCGGAGAACAGCUACGCGUUUCCUGGCCAGAUGAUGGGCUGACCAAUCGGGACAAGAAACAAGGCAAGGACUUCCGUCACCGAGAACGGGGACGAAUACAUGCCGGCUGGGAAACGAACAGCGAGGAGGACGACGACUACAGCUACUACGAAGAGCACGAGUCCGAUGCGACCUACGACGGCCAGGGCGACGAGGAGGAUGAGGAAGACCCCGAGGAGCCGCUCUACAGUGCCCAGGAGAUCGAGGAAGCCGAGACCGCUUUCGCCGCCCAGCAGAGGAGCUUCGAGGAGGGCCCCGGGCUGGAUCUAGAGGCUCAGGGUCAUCCAAGGGACGAGGCCGCGGGAGCGGACAGCGACGUGACGGACCACCCCGACGAGAAGGUGAUCGCUCCCAAGGAUGCCGAGAUGGAAGCUAACCUCAUCACGAACGAGAUGUCCAGGCUGCGGUUGGAAGCAUCCAUUGCCAAUAAGCCAGUGAUCAAGAAUCGGCCGAAGACCGCCAAUCAGAAGAAGCAGCUGGACAAGAAUUCCUACAUGCCGAUCGAGAGGGCCAUCGAGUUGCGAGAACGAGUCCAGCACGAGAAGCUACCGAUCUGGUCUACCCUGGAGAAGGCCGAGGACUGGAUUCUCAUGAGUGUCAAGCAGAGCUCCUCCAAGGGCUUCGGCAUUCUCGACAUCGGCGCGACCUCCAGCAUCAUGGGCAUAGAGGCCGCCGAGAACCUACGCGACAUUAUCUACGAGCAGAUGGGCAAGAACAUCAGGAUGGACGCUAGUCAGAAGAGUACGUUUAUAUUUGGCGACGGCAAUGCCAGGACCUGCACCGGCAAGGCGACCUUUCCCCUCAUGAUCGCCGGUGUGGACGGCGAGCUAGAGAUCAACAUCCUCGACGCAGAAGCCCCGCUCCUGAUCGGAGUGGACGUGCAGAGCCGCCUCGGGGCUGUGAUUGACUGCGAGGCACACGCUGUUUACUUCAAGAAGCUCGGGCGCCGAGCUGAGCUGCUAGUCCUUCCGAGCGGCCGCCUUGCACUGCCACUUAUACAUUCCAGCAACCAGCAUUUCUUCCAUAUUCGCAUGAGCCUCAACCGAGAGGCGAAAUGCCGCAAAGCCGAGAGCCAGCAGGUGAAGCUGGAGAACGAGGAGAUGCAUCAGGACACGAGGGGCAACAUAUUCUACACGGUCGAGGGCUCGGAGCUGGACAAGAGCCUGAAGCGCCUGACGGACACCUUCCUACUGGAGCACCUGCCGACCUGGGAGAUGUGGUCCAGCAAGCUCCUGAAGCAAUGCCUGCCCGAGAAGUACCCGACCUGGCUGGCGGAGCUCGGGCAUCGUGCGAAGAUCGAGCCACAGCGCCCCAGGACGGAGACGAAGCAGAGGUCAGCCGCAUCCGCGGCCGCUCGAGAGCAGAACCAGGAGCUGCGGGCCAACAUCGAGACCGCAAAGUCAGAUUUCUCGACCAAGUAUGCGAAGGUGGAUGCGUUUGCAGCGCUCAGCUCGGAACAGAUCUACGAGAAGCUCAACAUGGUGACGGUGGUCAAUCACCUGAAGCCCCUGUGCAAGGCCUGGGGACUGACGCAGUCCGGCAAGAAGGAGGAGGUGAUCGACAGGCUCAUCACGCGCAUCAUCGAGCAGCGCGGAACGGCGGCAGCGACGAUCAGGGUCAAGAAGGAGCCGGAGACCAAGAAGGUGGAGACGGGGCCUAUCGUUGUGGGCCCGGCGAUCCCAGCGCACUACACGCAGAUGUGCCAGCACCCAGACUGUCAGCAGCAGCGGGGCAUCGCGAAGAACGAGCCGAUCGUGAAGGUGAGGUCGGCCAUCUUCGGAGCUAUGUGCGCGCUCACGACCUUCGGCAGAUUGACGAUGGUCGAGGCGUGUACCCACGAGGACUCCAACCUUGGCCAGGUCUGCGACGAGAAGGGCUACCACUACGAGAGACUCGGCCUGUUCAACGACUGCGACCUCAGCAAGCCGCAGGGCUACCACAAGGCGAAGUUCCUGCUGGACGAGAGGCGCCCCGAGCUCCUCGUCAGCACACCUACCUGCGGGCCGUGGUCGAUUAUGCAGAAUAUCAACCAGCGCGACGACAAGCAGAAGGUGAUCGUAGACGGCUGCUCCUGCGGACUCGAAGCCCCGGGCACAGGCGAGCUCAUGAAGAAGCGCUGGAAGUUCCUGACGAACGACAAGGGGAUCUGGGUGGCCCUCCAGCCGCUACAAUGUCGUGGAGGACACUAUCAUGAGGAGAUCGAGAGCAGUCUGAGGACCGAGGCCUCGGGCUCCUAUCCCAAGAUGCUGUGCCGCCGGAUCCUCCGAGCUCUGACCAAGAGCCAGAAUCAGAAUUACUUCGAAGAAGAGGUCGUGAAUUUCUGUAUGGCCGCUACCCAGCAGCCACCUACUGAGCCGACUCCAGAGGAGGACGAGGCAUCAAUUCCACCACUAGAUGGCAAGGAGUCACACGACCUCACCAGCGACACAGUCAAGAAGGACGAGAGCUACAUCAGGCUGGUUCACACCAACCUGGGACAUUUACCUCGAGCACAUCUUCUACGCUACCUAGACCGAGGUGCGAGACCUGAGGUGCUACGAUUGGCCAGAACCUUCAAGUGCGACAUCUGUGAUGCUCACCGACCACCGACGAAGCGGCCACCAGCUUCCUCAGCAGAGCAGCCUCAGAAUGGUCACGAAGUUUUGUUCGACGCCUUCUCUUGGAUCCGCCGCAGCACGAACACCAACGUGAUGGCGCUAGCGAUCCUCGACGCUGGCUCGGACAUACUCUACGUGCGGCUUAUCGACGAGAAAGCGAUCCCAGGGACCUGCCGACAAGUUCGUGCGGGCGACCUUCGACACAUCUUUGCUACGAAGUGGUUCCCUUGGAUGGGACGGCCGAAGGUCAUGCGCUAUGAUCCAGCUGGGAGCGCCAUCUCCGAUGAGUUCCGCGAGUGGAUCGAGAGCCAGGGAGUCUACUGCCUCCCAUGCGCUGCCGACGCCCACUGGCAGAUCGGCAAGAUCGAACGAGCCAUCGAAGCCUUCAAGGAGGCCCUUGACGCCUUCGACGAGAUGAUCUCAGCUGAAGUUCCCACGAGCGAGAUGUUCGGACUACAGACAGCAGCCAGGAACGACGUGAUCAGGAUCGACGGUUUCAGUCCGCUGCAGCGCUAUGCGGGACGGACACCCACUGGCACCACGGUCAACCUCUUCGACGAGCCGACCAACCUGCCGCUCGUCAGCGCCGAGCUGCAGGAUGGCACCUUCAGCAGGUACGCUCAAGUACGACGGAUGGCACGGCUAGCUCACAUCCAGACAGAGAACUCCGACCGAGUCAAGCGUGCGGAGGCCGCAAUAUUCAGAUCGUUCAAGAAGUACGAGACGGGCGACCUGGUAUUCGUCUACAGGCGGCUCCCACCAGGAGCCUGGCGCAAGCGAGGACAUCGACCUGGUCUGCCCGGGACGGUGGUCAACAUCGCGCUAGCUGGACGACUCUACCGAGUUGCUCCCGAACAACUUCGGCCCGCCACGCCUUCCGAGGAGGCGAUGGCGUCGCUACGCUCGCGCCGCGAGCAGCCUGGAACAUGGACCUUCGGCGACGUCCAGAAGCAGCUCGACACGAACGAGGUGAUCGACCUGUCGAACGAGUCCCCACCCACUGGUGAGGACCUGGCCGCUGACAACGGAGAGUCGGUCAGCACCCGCACCUUCGAGAAUAACGCAAGCGGACCCUGGGCCAUCCCUGAAGACGAGGAGGGUACCUUCUACGGGGACUACGCCUACAGCGUCCAGCCGUAUGACGUGGUCAAGGAGGACGACGAGCUCAUCGUGCUGGACAUCCCUGUCAACAACGAGCACACGAUCAUGGCUUACAUGGACGACCCCAACAACUUCUUGGCAUCGCAGGCCCGGAAGGGCCGAGUCGAAGUCUCAUUCAAGAAGGCGACCCCAGAGGUGAAGAAACUGCUACUCGAGGCACAGCAGCAGGAGUGCACCUCCGUCCUCAGCACGAAGGCCGUCAGGAUCCUCAGACGACAGGGGAUCGACCCAGCGCGUCUGUUGCGCUGCCGUUUCGUGCUGACCUGGAAGAAGGAUGACAAGGGCAACGCGCUCAGGGGCAAGGCCAGAUUGGUCGUGCUCGGUUUCAGCGACCCCGACCUGCUUCAUUUACGGACGGAGUCUCCAGCUGCAUCGCGACGGGCACGUCAACUUCUACUGGCCAUGGCAGCGAAACACAAGUGGAAGCUGGAGAAGGCCGAUGCCGUUACUGCCUUCCUCCAGGGAGAAACGGACGAGGAGAAACGGAAGAUCUACGCGGACCUCCCGAAGGACGUACGUCAGGCCUUCGGCAUGAAAGACGACGAGGUCCUGCAGUUUCUCAAGCCGAUGUACGGCUUCGUACCUGCUCCUCGCAAGUGGUGGCUACACUUCAAAGAAACGCUCAAGAUGCUGCAACUGGAAGCGAUACAGUGCGAGCCAUGCGUCUGGGCCAUCCGAGACAGCACUACGCUGGUCGGCAUGGUCAUCCUACACGUUGACGGCAUGAGUAAGGAUAUGAGAAAUACCUAG